AUGAUCACCCCAUUAUCAUUCGGGGGCAAAAAAGUGAUUGUCACGGGAGCUGGCAGAGGAUUGGGGAAGCUCCUUGUAAAAUCCAUCGUUGAAAACGAUGGCACUGUUUUUGCGCUGUCCAAGACGAAAGAGAAACUGGAGGAGCUGAAAGAAGAAUGUCCACAAGUCAGUACCAUUCAAGUGGACCUUUCAAACUAUGACGAGACGCGUCGACUACUUCUUUCCUUGGAGCCGGUUCACAUGCUAGUUAACAAUGCUGCCAUAAACAUUCCUGGCGAAAUGAUGAAAGUAUCCAAAGAUGAUUUUGAUAGAACCUUCAACUCAAAUGUUCUUUCAUCACUGAACGUCACCCAAAUUAUAGCAGAGAAAAUGAUUUCAAACAGAAUGGCUGGAUCCAUCGUAAAUAUUUCGUCCAUUGCCGAGAGAAUGGUAGUGGAUCGACAAGGUUUAUAUGGAAUAUCUAAAUCUGCAUUGGGGGCGAUGAGCAGAAACUUGGCACACGAACUUGGCCCCCACAACAUUAGAGUGAACUGCGUUUGCCCAGGAUUAUUCCCUUCGGACAUGUCGAAGAAAGCUCUGGAUAACCCAAAAAGUAGAAUGGUUAACUCCAUUGUGACUACUUCGUCGUUGAGAAGAAUUGGAACAGCUAGCGAAAUUGCGAAUGUGGUGCUAUUUCUUUUGCACGAAGGCAGUUCUUACAUUAAUGGUGAAAGUAUAUUUGUGUGUGGGUAA